GAGCCUGGCAACCCCCGCCCCUGGCCAGGUAUAAGGGCCCUCGGCCCAGCAGGGGAUCCAGGCUGUGGAGGUGCCAUGGCCAAGUCCCAGAGGCUGCUGUGGCUACUACUGCUGUCCACGCUGUGCGGCGCAGGCGCCGCUGACUGGACCGCCUCGUCCCUGGAUUGUGCCCGAGGUCCCGCGUUCUGGUGCCAAAGCCUGGAGCAAGCACUGCAGUGCAGAGCCCUGGGGCACUGCCUACAGGAAGUCUGGGGCCAUGCAAGAGCUGAUGACCUGUGCCAGGAAUGUGAGGCCAUCAUCCGCAUCCUCACCAAGAUGACCAAGGAGGCCAUUUUCCAGGACAGGAUGCGGAAGUUCCUGGAGAAAGAGUGUGACACUCUGCCCUCGAAGCUUCUCGUGCCCCAGUGCAGUCACCUGCUCGACACCUACUUCCCAGUGCUCAUUGACUACUUCCAGAGCCAGAUUAACCCGAAGGUCAUCUGCAAGCACCUGGGCCUGUGCGAACCUGGGCGUCCAGAGCCAGGGCAGGAGUCAGGGCUGUCAGACCUGCUGCCGGAGAAGCUGAUCUUCCCCCGGCUGCCGGGAGCCCUCCAGGUGAGGGCUGGGCCUCACACCCAGGAUCUCUCCGAGCAGCGGCUGCCCAUCCCCCUCCCCUACUGCUGGCUCUGCAGGACUCUGAUCAAGCGGAUCCAAGUUGUGAUGCCCAAGGGUGUGCUGGCCAUGGCUAUGGGCCAGGUGUGCCAUGUCGUACCCCUGGUGGUGGGUGGCAUCUGCCAGUGCCUGGCCGAGCGCUACACUGUCCUGCUGCUAGAUGCUCUGCUGAGCCGCGUGCUGCCCCAGAUGGUGUGCGGCCUGGUCCUCCGGUGCUCCGAGGAGAGCCCUGGUCCCGUCCUCACAGCUCCGGAGUCCCUGCCCGGAGAAUGGUUACCUCAAGAGUCCGAGUGCCAAGUCUGCAUGUUCGUGGCCACACAGGCCGGGAACAGCAGCGAGCAGGCCAUGCCGCAGGCAAUACACCAGGCAUGCCUCAGCUCCUGGCUGGGCAGGCAAAAGUGCGAGCAGUUUGUGGAACAGCACACACCCCAGCUGCACACCCUCAUGGCCGGGGGCCAGGAUGCCCACGCCACCUGCCAGGCCCUGGGCGCGUGUAAGACCACGUUCAGUCCUCUCCAGUGUACCCACAUUCCUUACUUCUGACGAGAACUCAGAGCCAUGGCAGCCUAAAGGAGAGCCACUUUCUUCCUCUCCGGGUGUGAGGAGCAGCCAGGGCAGCAUCUGCUGGAGGAGAUCUGCAAGAGGGGGGCUUCCGGCACAGGGACUUCCGGCCAGACUUCACACACCCCACUGGAGCCAGCGCAGCUCCCACAACACCCCCAGGCUUGGUCCCGGGGAACUCGUCAGCCACACACUCCUUCCCUGGCUCCAAGAGGGCAGCCUGCCUCACUUUCAUCUCCAUGUGCAUAAGAUACUGGCUUUUACAGUGGUUUUGCCAAUAUUUUCACAAAACUCAAAUUCAG